CUGUGGUGGUACAGAGCUGCAGAACUCAGAUAGUUAAAACAACCGUCUCCUCCUCCUCAGGCCAAAGAAUAUUUGAGAGGAAAGGGCAGCUGCCAUGGCGGGCGGGUCGUUCGGGCCAACGGGAGUGGCCACGGAGAGGGCUGCCGAGUACAAGGGAAGAGUCACUGCGUAUGUGAUCGUCGCCUGUCUUGUUGCCGCUCUCGGUGGCUCAAUCUUCGGCUAUGAUAUUGGAAUUUCAGGAGGGGUUACAUCAAUGGAUGGAUUUCUUAAGAAAUUCUUCCCAACAGUGUACAGAAGCAAGAAGCAUGCUCAUGAGAACAAUUACUGCAAGUACAACAAUCAGGGCCUAGCAGCAUUCACGUCGUCGCUUUAUCUGGCUGGUCUGGUGGCGUCACUUGUGGCGUCGCCCAUCACACGGAAUUAUGGCCGUCGUGGAAGUAUAAUUGCUGGUGGCAUCAGUUUCAUGAUUGGAGCAGCUCUUGAUGCUUCUGCCGUUAAUCUUCCCAUGCUCAAUUUAGGUCGGAUUAUGCUUGGUUUCGGCAUUGGAUUUGGCAACCAGGCAGUUCCGCUGUAUUUGUCAGAACUGGCACCAACUCAUCUUAGAGGGGCCCUGAAUAUGAUGUUCCAAUUGGCAACAACACUAGGGAUAUUCACUGCAAACAUGAUAAAUUAUGGGACGGAGAAGCUCCAGCCAUGGGGGUGGAGACUCUCUCUUGGGCUUGCAGCAGUACCGGCUACGCUGAUGACGGUAGGCGGAAUCCUACUGCCCGAAACACCAAACAGCUUAAUUGAAAGAGGAUUUGAAAAGAAGGGUAAAGAGGUAUUAGAGAAGAUCAGAGGCACAACCGACGUGCAUGCUGAGCUGCAGGACAUAAUUGAUGCAAGUGAGCUUGCAAAAACAGUUGAGCAUCCUUUCAGAAACAUCCUUGAGAGACGGAACCGUCCGGUGCUCGUGAUGGCCAUCUUCAUGCCGACUUUUCAAAUACUCACAGGCAUAAACUCUAUUCUUUUCUAUGCACCAGUGCUAUUCCAGAGCAUGGGAUUCGGAGGGAACGCUUCUCUCUACUCCUCAGCCUUAACGGGCGCUGUUCUUGCUUCGUCCACCUUUAUUUCCAUCGCAACGGUUGAUAAGUUGGGCCGCAGAGCUCUGCUGAUUAGUGGAGGAAUACAAAUGAUUAUUUGUCAGGUGAUAGUCUCAAUCAUACUGGGGCUAAAAUUCCACGGUGACCAGGAACUCUCCAAGGCGUUCUCAGUGCUAGUUGUGGUGGUCAUCUGCCUAUUCGUCGUAGCUUUCGGGUGGUCUUGGGGGCCACUAGGGUGGACGGUGCCGAGCGAGAUAUUCCCAUUAGAGGUACGAUCAGCGGGUCAGAGCAUAACAGUGGCGGUUAACCUCUUCUUCACGUUCAUAAUAGGCCAAUCCUUCCUCUCCCUGCUGUGUGCUUUCAAGUUUGGAAUUUUCCUCUUCUUCGCUGGCUGGAUUACGGUCAUGACUAUCUUCGUCUACUUCUUCUUACCCGAGACGAAAGGCGUUCCCAUUGAGGAGAUGGUUUUCUUGUGGAAGAAACACUGGUUCUGGAAAAGGAUUGUGCUAUAGGCUAUAGGUUCUCUCUUGAAACUUCACUUACUUUGUUGUACCUAUCGAAAUUCUUGAAAUCAUUAGUUCUUUGCUUAAUCAGGAAAUUUGUCUGUACUACUGCUUAGAAUAUGUAUACAUACUCAAGUUAAGGUUGUUUCAAUUGAAUCAUUAAUAACGAGAGAUGUUCGGUUACGCUUGCAA